AUGUAUAACAAGAAUAUAAUAGUUUUGCUCCUUUGCCUCUUGGCUUACGUCAGUACCGCGCCGACUGAUGUUCCUCCUGAAAAGCAACAGCCAACGGUAAUCCCUAUUAUAUCUCAGUCUGAAGAAUUUGAACCCAAUGGAACUUACAAAUUCAGUUACGAAACUGGAAAUGGAAUCAAACGCGAAGAGAUUGCUUAUGAAAAAGUCUUACCCAAGGCUAGAGCAAGCAGCAAUGAAGCCAGUGAAAAUGAAGAUUAUAGUGACGAAAUUCACGUACAACAAGGUUCUUAUUCAUAUACUGCACCUGAUGGAACUAUUAUCAGUUUAAGGUAUAUUGCCGAUGAAAACGGGUUCCGGCCGAUUGGUGAUCAUCUUCCUAAAUCGCCCGUAGCAAUACCAGCCUCUCCAAGCUCUGCAGAAAAAAAAGGACGCGCUUUGAAGACACCUGAUAGCUCAAUAUCCGCUUCGGCAACUGUUGAAACGAAAGCUAAAAAAUCUGAGUCUAUUGAACCAUCUAAUAAGCCAGCUGAAUCUUCACCAGACACUUCUGCUUCUCCUGUUAAAGUUUCAUCUGCUCCAGAGGAGCCUGCUGUAGUUCCAGAAAAUGCAUCUAUACAAGAAACUGCUGCAUCCCCAGCUGAACCAUCUGCAAAUGAAGAAAAUAAACCUGAAACGAAAAUUGAACAAGCAGGUGAAGAUAACGUCCAAUCUCCUAAAAUAGAACAAUCAGCUACAGAAUCCGAUGCUUUAAAAUCCAGUGAUGCAACUACACCUAAUGUAGAUGUGAGUAGCGAAACAGCUUCAACGCCAGUACCUGUUCAGUCUACUGAAUCUGAACAGGGACCCACAGCUUCAGCAGAACAGGCUUUAACUUCUACAUCUGAACAACCUUCAACUGAAGUUUCUGAACCUCAAUCUUCUACUACAGCUCCUGAGCAAUCGAGUGCAAUUGAAACCGUCGGACAAUCUGCUCCUACAGAAACUACUAAUCGACCUUCUGAAGAAGAGGCUGAACAAUCCACCACAAAAAUUCCUCAGUCUGAAGAAUCACUCUCUACAACCAUAUCAAAU